AGAGCCGUGAAUAGUCGCGACAGGCGCGCCACCGUUGCGCUCGUCUCCUCCACCUGCGCUCGCCUUAGCCCAUCCGUCAACGCACUCUCUGAACGUAAUCGCAUCGGGCCGCUCGCAACAUCGGCGCAUCGGUGGAGGCACCGCCAUGGCUACGAACACCGCGGCGACGUCGACGAAGAAAAGUAGCGGCAUCGUUUGGAAUCUCCAAGUGGAGUACUUCAAACCAGUUGACUUCCCGCUCGACGGCACCGGAUCCAGCUCAUCGGCAAGCUGGUCUCCCUCCCAAGUACGAAACAUGGUGGAUGAAGCUGGUCAAAACCUGGCACCACCAAUCAACAUAAAUCAUGCGAACGUCGUCUACAAUAUCCUAGCAAACUGCGGUGCAGAACAGCUUCGCAGUCUGUUUCCCGACCGCACUGGACGCGAUCGCAGCCCCAUCGAUGACCGUCGAGUUGGAAAUUCCAGCCGUCGUACUCAGGUGUGUCAUUGAACACGGGUGCAUUGCAGUUACCGUGACACCUCGUCUACGCACCAUCAGACUUUCUAAACAGACCCUUUCUUGCAGUUUUUCUGCACUUGCAGACUUUCUGCACUUGCUGGCUACUCUGUUUAAAAGUAGCCAUCAACUAUUUCAAUGAAGUACACACACACAAAGAAACGAACAGUCAAAAUAUGGAAAACAUGAUAAAAUAUUUUGCAAGGAACAAAGCCUUACAAUAGAUAUAAAAAUCUUAUGUUGACUACAAAGUAAUUAUACAAGUAAACAUAAUAACGAUAAACAAAGUAAAUAGGUAGAGUACAGAGUACUCUACCAGCGCCGGCGAUGCACCAAUGUUUAUUGUGUGUCACGAAAGAUGAUCAUUUAGGACUACCCGAAAUAUUUUUCUUUUCACAUUGCAUUGUAUAUUCUUUGUAUCUUCAAUGGAGUUGCAAUAAGUUCUAGGUCAAGAACGUUUCAUGAACUUUAUGUGGCUAUUACAUGUUAAUUAUUACAAUGACGGAUUUUAGAAAAUUUAGGCAUCUUUAAUGAUGUUAUCAUAGUUCUAUUUAAUGCAGAAAUUAUAUCGACUAUAUCCAGACACCUAACUCGCCUUCGACUUUUAAGCAACGCCGACUCCUCAAAAUAUAACACAACCUAGAAAUUCGGACUUUCGAGAUACUAAAUAUAGCGAUUCCCUAGUCACGAAGUUUGUUCAUUUUACUGAAGAUGUUAACGAACGCGAAUACAACAUACAGAAAAUCUCUCUAUUUGGUCGACCCUGUUUCAAUUUCUGUUUUCCUAUCUUGGGCACAUUCUUUUAGCUUAUUCAUUCUUUGGCAUGCUAGCAGUGUAAAAACAAGUGUGUUGAGCGGAAAUAAUUCCACCAUGGUCAAACCGCGGUACUAUAUAGAGUGAUCGUUUUCUCCUUUCGUCUCUUGGAAUUUGAAAGAGAUGGCAAUGCCCGAGGUUUUCAGCCUCAAAUUUUUCUCACCAUAUAUUUCCCCCCGUUUCAGAUAAUAGAAAAUAGAAGACACUCCGCGACCAGACGAAGAAGUAUGGAAGAUCGCACGUGCUCCUAUCGGUCCAUUCCUCGUCGCUUGGAGUAUAAUCGCCGUGAACACGGUUAUUCGCACGGUAAUCAUCGGGGAAACUGUCGUCAUUGCGAGGAAGUGCCUCGCGAACGAAAUGCCCACUCGUGGAAUUCUCCUAGAAGUCAGAACUCUUUUCGCCUACAGUGAUGUGCUGUUCAGAAUCGAACAACGUGUUAGUUAUAAAACUUCGUCCUAAUGA